AUGUUAUGGACUACUGUUGCUCUCGCCGUUGCUCGGAACAAAACCGUCCGGCACAAUCUCACUCUCCGCCGCCGCCGCAACUUCUCCACUACAGGUCUCUACGGUAUCCCUCACUUGAAAUCCCCAAACGGAUUCCAAUGUUUCGUAGAUGAAGCAAUUCAAAGGUCUGGUGAACUCGUUAAUUACAUUUCUACCAAACCCUCAGCUUCCGAAAUCAUGCGAGCAAUGGACGAGAUUUCCGAUACUGUUUGUUCUGUUGUUGACUCUGCUGAAUUGUGUAGGCAAACUCAUCCAAACAGGGAGUUUGUUGAGGAGGCUGACAAGGCAUCAAUGAAAAUUAAUGAAUAUCUACAUUAUCUGAACACAAGUCAUGAUAUCUAUGAUGCGGUGAAGAAAGCCGAGCAAGAAUGUCAUAUGCUUUCUGAGGAAACUCAGAGGGGAGUUAAAAGUUUACGAGUUGACAUGGAAAGGGGCGGAAUUCAUCUUUGCCCUGAGAAAUUAGAUCGAGUAAACAAGCUAGAUAUUGAAAUUUCUCAUCUAUGCAGAAAGUACAAUGAAUAUAUUAUCAUCGACCCAGGAACUGUUGAUAUAUAUCCUCCAACUCGCUUCCCCAAAAAUUUGCAUCAUCUUGUCAAGCCUAUCUAUAAACCAAAACCUUCACCAACUAAGGAUUUAUUAGGGUCCAAUGAUACUCUUAAAGAGAAAGGAUUUCGAAUUACAACAGAUCCACGAACUCUUGAUUCUGUGCUGCAGUUGUCGUCAGAUGAUGAGAUAAGGAAAAUGGUAUAUAUACGCGGAAAUUCUGUUCCACAUGCAAAUGUUGAUGUCCUACAGAGGCUUAUAUCUGCUCGACAUGAGCAAGCUCAGAUAAUGGGGUGUGGCUCUUAUGCUGAACUUGCUGUUAAGCCCAACAUGGCUUCAUCGCCGAAAGUUGUAAUGUCUUUCUUACUUGAAAUGGGCAAGAUGGUUCAGGCAAAGUCUACAGAGGAGCUCAAGCUACUUACAAAAUUCAAGAGAAAGAAAUGUGGUCAGAAUAGUGAAGACUUAAGGCCGUGGGAUGAAGCCUAUUAUACGACAUUGAUGAAAUCUUCUGUUUAUAAACUGGAUUCUUCGGUCGUAGCAUCAUAUUUUUCUUUGUCAAACUGCAUUGAGGGUUUGAAGGUUCUAGUGAAGUCAUUGUUUGGUGUAAUCUGUCACAAAAUCCCUCUUGCACCUGGUGAAUCUUGGGAUCCACAAGUGCUUAAACUGUGUCUUCAUCAUCCUGACGAGGGUGACUUGGGAUAUCUCUACCUUGAUUUGUACUCCAGAAAGGGAAAGUAUCCUGGCUGUGCUCAUUUUGCAAUUAAAGGUGGUCGCAGGAUUUCUCAAACAGAAUACCAGCUUCCUAUUGUAGCUCUUGUUUGUAAUUUUUCAGGUUCACGUAAUCCGUCAGCGGUAAGGCUUAAUCAUUGGGAAGUGGAAACCUUAUUUCACGAGUUUGGACAUGCUCUUCAUUCACUGCUUUCAAGAACGGACUACCAACAUUUUUCAGGCACAAGAACAGUUCUUGAUUUUGCCGAAAUACCAUCCAACCUCUUUGAAUACUAUGCAUGGGAUUAUCGGGUUUUGAAAACAUUUGCUAAACACUAUUCAACAGGUGAUGAAAUCCCCCAGAAGUUGGUCAACUCAAUGCUGGGUGCCAAAAAUAUGUUUGCCGCAACUGAUCUGCAGCGUCAGAUCUUCUAUGCCCUGGUUGACCAGACACUCUUUGGGGAACAGCCACUCCCCCUUGGUGGUAGUAGUUCUGUUGUUGCAGAAAUGAAAAGAACACAUACAAAUCUGGAACAUAUAGAAGGCACGCACUGGGAGUCCCGAUUUAGUCAUCUUCUAAAUUAUGGUGCAGGGUAUUAUAGCUACUUGUAUGCGAAAUGUUUUGCUGCAACCAUAUGGAAGAAGGUUUGCCAGGAGGAUCCACUAUCACCAAUUGCAGGCAGUGCUAUAAGAACGAAAUUCUUACAGCAUGGAGGAGCCAGAGAACCGGCUGCUAUAUUGAAUGAUCUAGUGCCUGAAGGUAUAUAUAGGUAUUACGAUGGAGGGAUAAUCCCUGAUAUUUCAAGUCUAUGUGCGGAAAUGGAACUGAUGGAAGAUCAGCAGAAAGUACAUUUGUUGUGA